CUGCAGGAUCGCGACUCGACUAACUUAGGUAAGCUGCGCUACAGCGUGCUAACCCCUGCUGUGAUAUGAUUGACUCUGAUCUUUCGAUACUAACAUGAACGCGCUUGCAAUGCCCUUGACUCACUCAUAACGCGUCAAGAAAGUGAAAACAUCAAAACCUUACUCACAAACACAUAAUCAAACGCCCCGACAUAUAACAAAGAUAAAAAAUGCCUGCAGUAGAUCUAGCCAGGCUCCCGCUAGGCGAGCAACUCACCCUCGUCCGCCAAGUCCUCGAAACAAAUGAAACCCUCCUCAAAGUCCUCUCCCUCGCCACAACCCUAAACCUCCCAAAUUGGUACCUCGCAGGCGGCGCCGUCUCCCAAACAAUCUGGAACUACGCUUCCUCGCUCCCGCCCACAACAGGCAUCUCAGACUACGACCUCGUCUACCACGACGACUCAGACCUCUCCUACGAGGCCGAAGAUGCCGUGAUUUGUCGCGGGCGUGAGCUGUUCGCGGGCAUCCCCGGCCAAGGGGUGGAGAUCCGGAACCAGGCGCGGGUGCACCUGUGGUAUGAGGAGAAGUUCGGGGCGCCGUGUCCGGCGCACGAGUCGACUGAGGCCGGGAUCGAUACGUGGAUCACGACGAGCGCGAUGAUUGGGGUGCGCGUUGAGGGGGAUGGGGCGUGGAGGGUAUAUGCGCCGAGGGGGUUGUCUGAGCUUUUUGCCAUGAUUGUGAGGCCAAAUCCGAUCGUUGGGGUGCAGGAGGCGUAUGAGACCAAGGUGAAGAGGUGGAUAGGAAUUUGGAAGGAUUUGAAGGUGAUGCCGUGGACGGAGAGUGAGACGCCUAUGAGGUUUAACGAAUUCGACAAGGUCGAGGAGAGGGGAAUUGAGACGGCGUAGGUCUUGGCUUUGCUUGAAGCGAUGAGCUGAUUGAGCGUUUU